AUGAGGCCAGAAGAGGAGAGCGAAGAACAAUCUGAAAUAACAGCCUUUCCAGCGGUAGCGCCGGAGCUGCUGUCUUGUAUGUCUACUUCUGUUCAAACUUUGAAGUCGUUGAUGGAGUUUGAGGAUUUCUCUGAGCUUUCCGAUGUAUUUCUUUCGAUUUGCAGGCGGAGUUCAUCUUUUCAUUGUUCUUUUAAGCCGGAUACAGCUUGCGCUUCUGCAUCUCACAUGCGAGUGCUGCAUUUAGGUAAUACAAGGCCUUCCUCAGCCUCAACCGCAGCUCCUUCUUCUUCUCUUUCUCUCUCCUCCGCUUCUAUGGACCUUUCGGCAGCUGUUGAUCAACAGCAAAACGAUAAAAGGCCCCCAAUAACACCUGCAUGUACCCCUCAGCAUACACCGCACUGCAACCGGAAUACUUCACACUACUCCCACUCUACCCACGCAGUGGAAGCCAACAGCGACGAAUCAAAGAACGGAGGACAUAGAGAACAGGAGAACAGCAGCUGCUGUGCAGCAGCCGCUGCAGAAGCAGCAACAGCAGCAGAUCAAGCACGCUGCAGAGGGGCAGCAAACAAUGAUGAGGCGUCUUCUCCUCGUAGUACUGCCACUCCAACCAAACGAUCUGGGGGGCCUUCUUCUCCUUCUGUUUCUCGCAGCCGCAACAGGUUGAAGGUGAAUUCUUUUAAAACUCAGGGAGUUUCUCUAACGCGGAGGAGCCCUCGUCUUAAUCAAACAAGCCAUGGGAGCAAACCCAGUUCAACUUCUCAGCAUGCGCCUCAUACCACUGAAGACACAACAGAAGCAGCAACUGCUGCUGAUGCUAGCAGCAGCAGCAGCAGCAGCAGCUCAGCACAUCAGCAGUCUGUAAGAACCAACGGGUCUAGACGAGGAGUUGCAGCUUCAGGGGGACGUAAGAGAAGAAAAGAAGAAGAAACUGGAGAUAUGACUCCUUCUAGUACACGCAAAGCUCCCCCUAAGAAGCAUACAAUGCAACUGAAACCUGCUGCUGCAGGAGCAGCAGCAGCAGCAGCAGCAGCAACGGAUAAUCAAUCAGCGCGUCUGUCGCCCCUCAAAACAGCAAACACAAAACGAAAAGGAAAUAGAGGAGGAGCAAUAGAAAGAAAUAAUUCAACAAGAAAAAACAACGACGAAGGCGUACGAAGCACGCGUAAGAGACGCGUCGAGUUGAGGGCAUCGAUGAUAUUUCUUCUGUCUCUGCAUUUAAUUCUUCUUCUUUUGUUCAAUUAG